AUGCCGGCGGAUGCCUGGGACUCGACCUACGUGAAAGGGUUCGGAAGGUUGUUCACUCCCGGCGCGUGCGUGGAGAAGGUCGUCAUCGGAUGCGACGGCGACAAGAGAGCCGACGUGAGAGUGUUUAGUCAAUCGGGGUACUUGUGGCGCGGCAAGAAUAAAGGGAAAGACGGUUCGUACGCGAAACCUGCAAAGAUAGACCCGGGUCAGGUGGACGUGUACAUGGCGCACGAAGCCGUGGCGACUUUUGGGAAGGAUUUGCAAAACCCGAAAGUCGUCAGAGAGUUCGAUUACGUCGGGUAUUUCGAUCAGAAACGGUCGGCUAUUUGGUGGCCGUUCGGCCCGUCGCUGGAUUCGAUGGCGGAAGAUUUCCCCGCGUACACGAUUCCUCACUCGGAGAGGAUUCCCGCGGUGGCUUGGAUCGCCAUCGAUUGCCUUCCUCCGCGACCCGGCAUCGUCGUCGGUCUCGCCGAACACUUUCCGACGUUUUCCAUGGGGAAUUGCUUCAAUAACUACCACUUGCCGCGCAACUUGCCCGGCCGCGGGGUGGAAAACCUGGAGUAUCAGAGUAAGAUGGCGCGCUACAUGUUUUAUUUCGCCGUGGAGAACGCACCGAUGUGCCAAGGGUACAUGACGGAGAAGGUGUGGAUGGCGCUCGCCCGCGGCUCGAUUCCGAUAUACACUGGUCACGAUUCGUUCACCGAGCUCAUGCCGACGAAGAAAUCAUACAUUGAUUUGCGCGACUACGAUAGCUUCGAGGCGCUCGCGGCCGAGCUCGAGGCGAUCGCGAGCGAUGAGUCGAGGUACAACGAGUACACGAGUUGGCGGUACGAUCAUCCGAGCACGUGGUCUCCCGGCUUCCGCAAGCUCUUGCGAGUGCAAAGCACGGACAUCAAGGUUGGCCUGUGCGCGGUGCUCGCCAAAGGCCCCACCGUGUUCCCCAAAGCCGAUAAAAUGGGCGGAUGCUCCUCCGACGCCGAUCUUCUCGGCGUCAAACACGGCGACUUUGGCGCCUACAUCGAAGCCGCGCGGUUUCGCUCGAAGCACCACGAAACCGGCGUGCCGCGAUCACCGCUCGAUUUCCUCCAGCGCGUGUCGUGCAAAGACGAACAAGAGAAAGAGUUCAUGGGCGAUUGCUUCGUCAGGCGCGACGCGCCCGUUCCGCCGGAGAUACCUUUGCUCCUCGCCGCGCGCGACCGCGCCCAGUGGAAUCGCCGCGAAAAGCGCAUCGAGGAUCGCGCGAUCGACGCGACGGCGGACGAAACCGCGAAUUAA